AUGGCCGCCAACCCCACAGCAUCCCGCCUGACAGACAGCACCCCGACCAUCGAGUGCCAGUGCGGUGCUGUCUCGGUACCUGCCCCGGCCUCGAAGCCGUCCGCCAUCUACCACUGUCACUGCAUCGAGUGUCGCCGCCAGUCUGCCUCGGCCUUUGGCACCUCGGCCGUCUUCCCGGCCGAGCCCCUUUUCCCACUAUCAAAGGAGCUGGAGGCGCAACUGACACAAUACAACCGCCCCAGGGACACCGGCGGCAUCCUGGCGUGCUACUUCUGCAAAUCGUGCGGCUCGCGCCUCUUCCACCGUGCCAUUGAGAUUGACGGCAAGUCGCAGGCCGUCAUCUUUGUCAAGGGCGGCUGUGUUGACGGCAUGGAUUGGACAGGCGGCAUUCAUAUCUUCGCAAGAUCUGCCGUUGUGCCAAUCCCAGACGGCGCCGAGCGGUACGACACGAUGCCCCCGGACGAUGCUUAG